AUGGCCUCAGGACGAAAGCGCGUCGGAUUCACGCCUGAAGCAGUCACCCAGUCUCCUGAAGGCGAAACCUCCUCUGGAGGCCACAAUACUCCCCUACAGCGAUCAGAUGUGUCGCAUGAGGAGCUGGCAAAGUCGGUUCAUAAGGCUCUCGGUUCGUUAUACCCCGCUGGAGACCUUCCGGAGCCCGCAUACAACGUCCAGAAGCCACGGCCGGCGAUUCGGAAACCGUCCCGGACGCCACCCCAAAUCCUCGUGGAAGAAGAGCUCGAAGAGUUCGACGACGAGAAGAAGAGGUCAGGGCUCGAGGCGCAAAAACGAGCUGCCAAGCUGUCGAAAAGCGUCGGGACUUACUCAGCACCCGGUUCACGACGCAACUCCCAAGAGCGCUUGAUUUCUCCGCAGAUUGAGAGAGAUCUCCGCCAUCAAUAUGACUCCUCCGGUGGUGAGACGACUGACGACGACGACGAGCCCGAGCACAUGAGGCAAGCGAGGCAGCUCUACCGCCACCAUACGAUGCGAGCCGCGCCCGCCAUCCGGCCGGAGGACCUGUACCACUCUGAUAUCCUGGCUUCCGGGCAGGUAACACCUAUGCGAGGCGACGUGGAAGUCGAAGAGGAGCACGUUCCUCGCCCCGCCAAGUUCCGUACAGGCGUGCUUGGUACACUGCUCAAGGCUUCAGCCCCAGUGCCUGCGCCUUCUGCCAGGAACACCAAGGUGACUGGCCACGGCCGCAACCCCUCUCACGGUACUCUGAAUACCUUCAGCGACGCUUCCACAGCCGCCAACUCCCCAAGAUCGUCGCCGCCCACAUCAGGGACCUCAACACCUCGCCAUGGAAGACCCUGGUUCGGCAGAAGUGAGGACCGAAACUCCGUGUCAUCAAUCUCCCGCCUAAUAGAAACCUCCUCCAUGCUCGCCACUCCAGCACAGAAGGAUGUGAGCCACGAGAUGGAAGAGCAAUAUAAGAAAGUCCGCCCUGGCAUGGGAAAGCGAACAAAAUCCGACACUUCGAUUGGAUCCGCUUUCAGCAAGCUUACCAAGUCUCGCCGAGAUGACGAGCUCAAAAUCAAGAUACACCUUGCCGGGACACUGGCCCGACAAAACUAUCUUCGAAAAUUGUGCAAAGCGCUCAUGAUGUACGGAGCGCCCACGCAUCGACUGGAAGAGUACAUGAACAUGUCCGCACGUGUCUUGGAGAUCGAGGCCCAGUUCUUGUACAUGCCUGGCUGCAUGAUAAUUGCCUUCGACGACUCUUCGGUGCACACGAGCGAGGUGAAGCUAGUUCGAACUGCUCAAGGCGUCGACCUAGGUAGGCUACGCGACGUUCACGAGAUCUACAAAGAUGUAGUGCACGAUCGAAUCGGAGUAGAAGAAGCCACAACACGCCUUGAGGCUAUCCUAUCGAGGAAACCAAAGUUCGGCGCCUGGCUUAGGGUGCCAAUGUACGGACUCGCCUCAGCUACCGUAGGCCCGUUUGCGUUCCAAGCUAGGCCAAUCGAUCUACCUUUCUGCUUCGUCUUAGGUUGCUUCCUCGGCUGGCUCCAACUUAUCGUUGCUCCGGGAAACGAAAUGAUCAGCAAUGUGUUCGAAAUCGGAGCGGCAGUAAUUACCAGUUUCAUCGCACGGGGCCUUGGGUCGAUACCCGGUAGCGACGGAGAGCCGCUUUUCUGCUUUAGCGCGAUGGCGCAGUCUUCGAUCGCCUUGAUCCUGCCGGGGUUUACAGUGCUUUCGGCGUCGCUGGAGCUCCAGAGCAAACAUAUCGUCGCUGGUUCGGUCCGCAUGGUCUACGCUAUUAUCUACUCGUUGUUCCUGGGCUUCGGGAUUACGAUUGGAACUGUACUAUUUGGCAUGAUGUACAAGGACGCGACUUCGCAGACGCAGUGCAAGGAGCCCAUGUCGAGCCACUGGUACUAUCUCUUCGUCUUGGGCUUCUCGCUCUGCCUCAUGGUCAUCAACCAAGCCAAGUGGAAGCAGAUGCCGGCGAUGCUAGUGAUCGCGUUGAUAGGUUACGUUGUCAACUAUCACUCAUCGCAGUUCUUCACCGGCAAUGCACAAGUCAGCAACACGCUUGGCGCGCUAGCAAUUGGUAUCGCAGCCAACUUACAUGCCCGGUUCGGCCGCCACGUCGAAAAUUGGAGUCUUGACACCUGGGAGACACAUCUACGUCCUCGAUAUGUACGGCUCAGAAAACAGUGGCUUCGUCGCCGCCAUGGCCCUCGCAAGAAGGCACUCUACCAGGCGGAAGAGUAUUCUCACUCCUGCGCCAGCUCUGUGGCCAGCGAUCCAUAUAUCCCCUAUACCCGGAAAAUCGGCUACGGGCUCGCAGCGGCGGCCAUGCUCCCGGCAAUUUUCGUACAGGUCCCUUCUGGCCUGUCAGUACAAGGCUCGUUAGUUUCUGGAAUUACAUCGGCGGAUCAAAUCGUCCACAACACCACCACCGGUGGGGCUACCACAGUCACUGCUACUAGCGCCUCUAGCAUCAAUAGCGUUGCUCUCAACGUGGGUUUCUCGGUGAUUCAGAUCGCUAUUGGCAUCACCGUGGGGCUCUUUCUGGCGGCUCUGUUAGUAUAUCCUCUGGGAAAGAGGAGAAGUGGGCUGUUCAGCUUUUAA